CAGGGAGUCCGGCGGUAAACAGUGGGUCGGCGCGUAAAGCGCGGUGAUUAAUCAGAGUACCUACUGUAAGGAGUUUGUACAAUCCGACAUAAACCGGCUUCAGUUAUCUCCGGGAAACUGCCUCGAUUUCCCUUCCUGGCAAAGCUUGUGCCAAGAAGCAGUCGUGAAGGCCGCUGUUGGAUGACAUGGAUCUGUGCGAGACGGAGGAGCGCGAUAGCGACGAUGAAGUUUUUGACCUGGACUUGACGGCCCCGGACAGCGGCUACAGUGACACCAGCGGGACCUUCGCAUCCGGUGCCUCUCCGACCUGGACUGCCAGUCGCCAGCGGCUGUACCCUCCAACACAGCCGCUGCACUUGUAUGGAGCCGGGGGCAUCCAGGAGGAACAGUGUGACCGAGGGACACAAACCUCAAGCUCUAGCCCCCCAGUUGAAAGUGAACCGCAAAGACUAUUCUAUGGGAAUGCAGCGUACCGACUGAAUUGUUCAGAGGUUUUUGAAGUGCCGCGGGCCAGCACAGCAACCCAUCAUGAUCGAGAGGAUGUGCUGCGGACGGAUGCACCGUCUGAGGAGAGAGUGGAGAUUCGGAUUGGGCAGAAGCUGCAGCAGAUUGGGGAUCAGUUCCAUAGCUCCUACAUGGAGAGGCGGAACAGGAACGAAAACCGCGUGGACCAGCCCUUGUGGUGGCGACUUCUCUUCCUUCUCUUCACGUUGAUCUUUGACCCGGAGGAGAACGCAGGGGCGGCAGGUCAAAGGUGAGGCCCAC